GUUUUCUAUCAGACUGCCCUCAGAUGUGUGUUAGAAAUGGCUAGCAGCUGUAUUAGCUGUGCAGUACAUGAAGUCUAGAGGGAAAAGCUGCUGUCAACAUCAAUCUGUCAUCGUCGUGUUUAUGAUUCCUGUCAGCUGGGUUUGGACUUCAGGGUGUUUCUGUCUCACGAUGUCAACAGCUGGCUGAAAAGCGAAGUGCGGAUCUGCUGUAUGAUUUGAUAUUGGGGUCAGGUCGUGGUACUGCUGCUUUUCUGUUGAAUUGCAUGGCGAAAGUAAUGUUGAUCUGGGAAAACGGCUCUAUUUGGGAACUCUAAAUGUUCAGUAUAGAUGAAUAAAAUACGCCUGCAGUGAGUUCGGAGACUCUCUUGUCAUCAAGGUUGCCAUGGAGAAGCCAUGGAGGUUAUGGGCGGCACUUGAGGCGUGUUUGCUCACCGUGUGCGCGUGGUCAUGGGGAAUCUGCCGCGUCUCCUUGCUGGCCCUCAUUCUGACCUUCCACCUGUACGGAGGCUUCAUACUGCUGGGACUCAUCCUGGUCUCUGUGGCCGGCAUCCUGUACAAGUUCCAGGACGUGCUGCUCUACUUCCCCGACCAGCCCUCGUCCUCACGUCUUUACGUUCCCAUGCCGACUGGAAUCCCACAUGAGAACGUGUACGUCCGAACCAAAGAUGGCGUGCGGCUCAAUCUCAUCCUGCUCCGUUACACGGGCGAAAACCCUGCCACCGCUCCCACCAUUUUAUAUUUCCACGGCAAUGCGGGGAACAUCGGCCAUCGUGUGCCAAACGCACUGCUCAUGCUGGUGAACCUGAAGGCCAACGUGGUUCUGGUGGACUACAGAGGCUACGGAAAGAGCGAAGGAGAACCUAGUGAAGAGGGACUGUACCAGGAUGCAGAGGCUACCUUGGAUUACAUCAUGACCCGGCCGGACAUCGACAAGACCAAGGUAGUGCUGUUCGGCCGCUCGUUGGGAGGUGCGGUGGCCAUCCGCCUGGCAUCGGGCAACCCGCAUCGAGUGGCUGCCAUCAUGGUGGAGAACACUUUCCUGAGCAUUCCGCACAUGGCGGCCACUCUGUUCUCUUUCUUCCCCAUGCGUUACCUGCCGCUCUGGUGCUACAAGAACAAGUUUCUGUCCUAUAGACAUGUGGCGCUCUGCCGUAUGCCAUCUCUUUUCAUCUCCGGCUUAUCAGACCAACUCAUCCCCCCGGUGAUGAUGAAACAGCUGUACGAGCUGUCUCCGUCUCGGACUAAACGCCUCGGCAUCUUUCCCGAGGGCACGCACAAUGACACCUGGCAGUGCCAGGGUUAUUUUGCUGCCCUAGAGCAGUUUAUGAAGGAGCUACUUAAAAGCCAUGCAAGUGAAGAGACGGCCCAGGGGACGGCCAACGUCACCAUAAUCUAGAACAGUAACGACUGUUGACUGCUCUAUAAAUCUGGACCCUCUCAAAAAGAAUGUACAAUUUAUUCUCUUUUAUAUUAUUUCUCUUCUCCCCAACUUCCUAAGCUCUUUCUUUCCAUUGAUCACACACCAAGAAUUCAUUAUUAGCAAUUUCAUUUAUUCAGUAGAGAAGACUGCAUUUUUUAAGCCUUUAAAAUAUUUUUUGUCAGUUUUUAUAUCAAGUAUAAAUGCAUCUGCCUCAAGAAUUUAGUGCCCUCUUGGUCUUUUUCUUUUCUUUUCUUUUCUUUUCUUUUCUUUUCUUUUCUUUUCUUUUCUUUUCUUUUCUUUUCUUUUCUUUUCUUUUCUUUUCAUUUUUAAGCAAUUUCCACCCUUGAAGGGUUAGUUCACCCAAAAAUGAAAAUUCUGUUUUUAAUUACACACCCUCAUGUUGUUUCAAACCUGUAAGACUUUCGUUAAUCUUCGACACAAAUUAAAUCUGAGUGCUUUCUGUCCUUCCAUUGACACCCAAUGCAACUACCACUUUCAAGCCCCAGAAAGGUAGUAAAGACAUCAUUAAAGUAAUCCAUGUGACUCUAGUGGUUUAACCUCAAUUUUACGAAGCAACGAAUGUUUUGUUUGCGCAAAAAACAUAAUUUACCACUUAAUUUACAAAAUAUUAAUAUCCAACACUCAUUCACGCAACGUCUGCUCUCGCAUCAAAACAACACGCUUGUAUGGUGGUGUUCUCGUGAACGCACAUUGGAGAUUAAUAUUUUGUAAAUAAGUGGUAUAUUGUGUUUAUUCAUACAAACAAAACACUUGCGUCACUUCAUAAAAUUGAGGUUAAACCUCUGCAGUCACAUGGAUUACUUUAAUGUCUUUACUACCUUUCUGGGGCUUGAAAGUGGUAGUUGCAUAGGCUGUCAAUGGAGGGAUUGAAAACUCUCAGAUUUGAUUAAAAAUAAUUUUAUUUGUGUUCCAAAGAUGAACAAAAGUCUUAGGGGUUUGGAACAACGUGAUGGUGAGUAAUUCAUGAAAAAAUAUUUUUGGGGUGAACUAACCCUUUAAAUGUAUGCUAAAAGCCCAAACACCUGCAAUUUGAAAAUAGUUAUGUCUAAUCACAUUGUUCUAAACUACUUUAUUAUCUUAAAUUAUUCAGUCUUGACAUCAGUUUGUAGGCCAACCCUGAAAGCUGAUUUCUUUCUUUACUUUUUUUUAGAAUAGCGGUUUAAAUUUGUGAGUAAAUUAAUGUCCGUGGUUAACAUUACUUGAUGAAGCAUUCACAUUUGUUCUACAAGUUGGUCACAAAUUGCAAAAAAAACACAAAAAAAAACAACUUUUUUCAAGUAAUGUACAAAACAAAAACGGCUUCAAAAAUCAAGUUUGAAGUAUAACUGUAUGUAAUAUGUUAACCAGUUACCUUAUUUUACUCAUGAAUGAUAAACUGCUAUUCCAUAAAGUCCUGGAUUUUAGGACUACUAAACUGAACAACCCUAACAAAUUACUUUUUAUUUAUAUUGUUUAUAUGUAAUAUACUUUUUUGGAACAGAACAGAGUGCUCAUUGAAAUCAUUUUUUGCCUUUUAAAUUCCAGCGAAUACAGUUAAAUGGUCCAGGGGCAACUGAUCCUAGUUCCCUCAUCUUUGUAUAUGGCAUUUCAUGCAUUGAGUCUUCUAUACCGGCCGUAAUGUGUUGGAGCUUUAUUUUAUCACACUGCCUUCUUUUUUACGGGAGGUUAAAAAUCCACUCAGGAAAAUGGCUCAUUGUGGUUUAAUCCCAUGUUUUGGAUUUGCAUAUGGAGCUGUGUGUGAGAAGUAUAGAUUUCUCUACUGAUUUUCAUGUGGGCUGCAGUACACUGUGAGCACUGUAUGAAAAUACCAACACAACAAGCCUAAAGUAUGUUUACUCUCUCUCAGGCUUAGUUAUCUUCUGGAAGUAAGAGUGAAAUCGCACAUAACAGCUGCUUGACAGAGUUCCAAGCACAGUCCAUUUGCACAACGUGUAAAUAAGACGUUUCCCUUCAUUUAAUCAGGUCAAGUCUGCUUAGCAUCAGUUCUCUGCCCAUGACCUGUUUUGUUUGGAUCACGUUGAAAAACCUGUUCAUUGGUGACUGUUGCGCAGUAGUCAAAUCCAUUUUCUUUAACUCUUUCCAGAUCCCUUAAAAAGCAGAAACAUUCACAAAAAUUUAAAGGAUUAAUUCACGCAAAAAAAAAAAAAAAAAAAAAAAAAAAAAGAAAAUGGUCAUCAUUUACUCACCAUAUAUGUCAUUCCAUACCUGUAUGACUUUUUUCUUCAACUUUAAAGAGUGCGUUAGUCGCUCUUUUCAAUGCAGUUACAGGUAGAAGCUUCAACAGGACUCAAUAAAAUUGAGGUAUCCUGACUCCAUAUGACUUGAACAAAAUCUUUUAGAAUUGUAAAUAAAUCUCUCAGAGAGAAAUCGCUCUUUUGCGACACAGAUCAACAAGAUUCUCUCAUGAACUCUCAUGAGUGCGCCAAGAAGAGCUACAGCUGAUGGCUCAGUGAAGAACAAAAUUCAGAGUCCAAAAGAAAGCUUUGGUUCUCAACUAUUGUUAUUGCAUGGAAAAGAGCAACCAUCACAUUCUUCAAAAUGUCUUCAUGUUCCACAGAAGAAAGUUAUAUGAGUUUGGAAGAGUAAAUGAUGGCAGAUAUUUCAAUGAACUAUUUAACAUAUUGAAUCAGGGGUAAAGAUUGAGGUUCGUCUUUUCUGUAGGCUCACGUUGGUGGUUGACUGUCGAGCACCCAAUAAAAGGUGGACUUUGCAAACCUUGCCCAUUAUAUAGUGUUGGAUCAGUGCACAACCUAGUCUGUAAUUAUUGCAUGCUUUAUUCAGCACAUUUUGCACUUUACGCUCACAUCUGUUGUAAUGCGUGAAAACAGCCUGUGAAUGUUAAGAUAACAGAUUUCAAGGCAGAGUGAUCCUAUGUCAGUUUGCAUGCAACUAUUGAUAUCUUCAAACAAGAGGUUAUGUCAGGCUUCCAAAGUCCAUCUUUCGGGAUUCGGCAAAUUCUUUUCGACCCGAGGUUCUCGAGGGUGUUUAAAAGAUCGUAUAGUAGCACAGUUGAGCCUAGAUGUCUUUAGUUAUGUCUAGUGUUGUUAGUUAUGUAGAAACAGGAGAGUUGUACGUGAGUAAGAAGUGGAACCAGCCAAUGCAAGAGGAAAAAGUUCCCAAGACACUGGGAUUUUUGUGGUUUCAAUACAUCAGUACUUUUGUAUAUCAGUUUAUUGACCUUUUGAUUUUAAAAGAAAUAUUUGUAAUGGUCAUUAUUGAUCACAUAGGCCCAAUUCAUAAGAACUGCCUCUAAACCUUAUGAGGAAAUAAUUCAUAUAUAUCAUUUGCGAUGUGUCAUUUAGUUGAACUCAAAGUGACGUGCCAUGAUACCUUAUUGAUUGUCUGUGUGGUUGAGUGUAAACCUUGGAACAAAGAUGCUGAUAUGAUAAAAUAAUGAAAAUACUACUUUAGAGAUUUGACUAAUACUCCAUUGGCAUGUUCUGGCCAUUCUCUGGGGCUAGUUUGUAUGUUGAAAUCUCAUUUCAUUUUGUUCAUAAACUGAAUAUAUGAAAUAAUAUAAAGCGCUGCUCAUGUUUUGUAUUUGCUUUUUACAGUAAAUAGCAGAGCGGAAAGAUUCAGUUGUGAAUGUGCAAGGAGGGUUUUCUUAUUCUUUCAACAUUUGUGUUUUGAGCUAUGGAUUUUCUAUUUGAAUCAUGUGUUCAUGUACAUACAAUUGAAUCACACUUUCUAUUUUCUGUGUGGUGACAUGCAAUAAAGAAAUCAAACCCUUCUGAUAA